AUGAGACUGCAGACCCCCAAAUCCUCCUCUUCUGCCAUGUGGAAGACGGUCUGCUGUAAAGAGACGUGUCUUACCGAUGCUGUGGUUGUGACGGGCGGCUCCCUCCUCUCUCUCCCACGGGCUGCUGUGUGUCCGCUCCUCCCUGAGCCUGCUCCCGGAGUCAGCCUCUGCCUGUGCUCUGCCUGUGCUCAGUCUGUGCUCAGUCUGUGCUCAGUCUGUGCUCAGUCUGUGCUCUGUCUGUGCUCUGUCUGUGCUCUGUCUGUGCUCUGUCUGUGCUCUGUCUGUGCUCAGUCUGUGCUCAGUCUGUGCUCAGUCUGUGCCUCUGCCUGUGCUCAGUCUGUGCCUCUGCCUGUGCUCAGUCUGUGCCUCUGCCUGUGCUCAGUCUGUGCUCUGUCUGUGCUCUGUCUGUGCUCUGUCUGUGCUCUGUCUGUGCUCUGUCUGUGCUCUGUCUGUGCUCUGUCUGUGCUCUGCCUGUGCUCUGUCUGUGCUCUGUCUGUGCUCUGUCUGUGCUCUGUCUGUGCUCAGUCUGUGCUCAGUCUGUGCUCAGUCUGUGCUCAGUCUGUGCUCUGUCUGUGCUCAGUCUGUGCUCGGACUCAGGGGCGGGCUGCCAGCACCACAGCCAUCAUCAGGAUCCUCCCUCUCUCCAUAAAGCCUUCAUUUAUAGGCCGUGGACAGUGCAGCAGCUGGAGGAGCGGCCAUGCACCGCUGACUGAUUUGGAACAGAAAGCUCUCUAA